UUGAACGUUUACCGGCCAACGACACGCCUCAACAGUUGCCUCUCGUCCGUUCGACUUAUCGCAACUGCACGUUAUAUCAGCAAUAUCCAUUUGAAGAGUUACGUAGCGCCAAACGACAUCAUCACUUUCCCCAAACGCUGCAGCAACGUAAAAAGAUGUCCAGCGAAGAGGACAAACCGCCAGCGCCGCCUGUGCGUUUGACAAGCAAUCGUGGUGGAGAUCGCGUUGGAGGCGGCGCACACAAUACGGGGGUUGGUGUGGGCGGUGGUGGUGGUGGUGGAGAUGGACCACCAGUUGAUAUGCGCCCACUGCCCAAAGAGCCUGAUGAUCCUGAUCGUAAGAAAAAGACAUUGAAGAAUAAAAUAAAAGGCUCAAAACCCUCACAUACAGACUCAAAACCGAAUAUUUCGUAUCCUACGAAUUUCGAGCAUACGGUACAUGUCGGUUUCGACGCGAUCACUGGUGAAUUUACGGGCAUGCCGGAAGCGUGGGCGCGUCUGUUGAUGAACUCGAACAUCAGCAAGCAAGAGCAGAAAAACAAUCCACAAGCGGUGCUGGAUGUACUCAAGUGGUUUGACAAUACAACAAAACAGCGGCCAAGUUCCAAGUAUAUGACUAAUGCCAUUACAACGCAUUCAGGCUCCUCACUAAGUCGUGUGAGCAGCAGCAGCCCCAGUAGUACACCAACAGACUCUGAACUGCACGCUUCAAAUAGUGGUGGCAAUUUGAUUGGCGUUAAUCUAAGCAAUCUCAGUCUUGGCGGUCCGAAUGCAAAUUCGAAUGCCAACACUGUUGGCUCGAUUGGUCACCUGGGCGGUGGCAGUAUUGGUGGUGGCGGUGUAUCGGCCGCACAUGGCAAUCACCAUCCGACGCAUAUUGGCGCUUUAAGUCAAUCACAUUCGUAUAAUUUUGGUGGCAACACCGCUUCCUCAUCUUCACAACAUUCGUCCGCCAAUGAAGAUGACAUUUUGGGCGCUCCACAACCGGCGCCACCGCCAAUUGCUUCGCGACCCGAACGCACGAAAUCGAUCUAUACGCGCCCCAUCGAGGGAGUGUCGAUAUCGGAGGGUAUCGAACAUUUGCGAGCGGUCACACCAACUACGCCGCUACAUCAACACCAACACCAACAACAACAUCAACAAAUACAACAGCAACAACAACAUCAGCACCAGAAUAAUGUGGCGCAACCGCAACAGCAACAAUACCGCACUCCGAAUAAUGCAGUUGCGGUGACCACAGCCGCCAACGCUGGCCCAACAGCGACAACAACGUUGGAUAAGAACAAAAAUAACGAAAAUAUCUAUGCCAAUGACCCAGCACAUAAACGUCUGACCGGCUCACCAGCAGCAGUGGCGCAACAGCAGCAGCAGCAGCAGGGCACCACCACAGCUGCACAAUUGGUGACACCACCACCAACGGUGGCACCGAGCACUGCGGCUACAGCCACACAGCCACGUUCUGGCACCGCUAAGAAAAAGAAAAUGUCCGAUGAGGAAAUACUGGAGAAACUACGUACCAUUGUGUCUGUGGGUGAUCCGAAUCGUAAGUACACGAAAAUGGAAAAGAUCGGGCAAGGCGCUUCGGGCACUGUUUACACGGCUAUUGAAUCCUCUACGGGCAUGGAAGUGGCUAUUAAGCAGAUGAAUUUAUCACAGCAACCGAAGAAGGAAUUAAUCAUCAACGAAAUCUUGGUUAUGCGAGAGAAUAAACAUCCGAAUGUGGUGAAUUACUUGGACAGUUAUUUAGUAUCGGAGGAGCUGUGGGUGGUGAUGGAGUAUCUGCCGGGCGGUUCACUAACCGAUGUCGUCACUGAGACGUGUAUGGAUGAGGGUCAAAUAGCGGCGGUGUGUCGUGAGGUGCUGCAGGCAUUGGAGUUUUUGCACUCCAAUCAGGUUAUACAUCGCGACAUCAAAAGUGAUAACAUACUAUUGGGCCUUGACGGUUCGGUGAAAUUGACAGAUUUCGGUUUCUGUGCGCAAAUCUCGCCAGAACAGUCGAAACGCACAACCAUGGUGGGUACACCAUAUUGGAUGGCACCGGAAGUGGUAACGCGCAAACAAUACGGCCCCAAGGUCGACUUGUGGUCACUUGGUAUUAUGGCAAUUGAAAUGGUUGAAGGUGAGCCACCCUAUUUGAAUGAGAAUCCUUUGAAAGCCCUGUACCUCAUUGCCACAAAUGGCAAGCCAGAAAUUAAGGAGAAGGAGAAAUUAUCGACAGUAUUUCAAGAUUUUCUAGAUCAGUGUUUGGAGGUCGAUGUCGAGAGGCGUGCCAGUGCACACGAUCUAUUGAAGCAUCCUUUCCUGAAAUUAGCACGUCCAUUGGCUAGCCUAACGCCUCUAAUAAUGGCUGCCAAAGAAGCCGCUAAAGGAAACUGAUUGAAGAAGAAUUAAUUUAAUUAAAAGUGAAAGUGAUGAAAUUAAAACUUAAGCACUUAAACAACAAGCAAAACAAAAUGUAAACAAUAACGAUAAAACUAGGAAACGAAAUUUAUGUAAUACAUAAUACACAACUACAUGGUGACACGAAACAGAUGAAAACACGUACCGUUGCAGUUUAUACACGCGUAUUAAAUUUAUAUAUACACACAUUUAUAUUGAUUAUAUAAUUACGUUAUAUUAUAUUAAGCGCAAAGUAUGAGUGGAAGACAGUACUCAUUUAAUGAUACUACAUGCCUAUAUGCACAUACAUAUAUAAAAUGCGCGAGGGGCUGAUGAAGAAGAUUUGUAGAGGAAAAGUCAAUGCUAAAACUAGCAGACUGUAUUCCAGUAUGGGCAGAAAACAAAAAAAAACUGAAAGGGAUAAAUAAUCAUAAAAAUAUACGUACAAAAUUGUAAUUAACUUUUGUCAACUAAGUUCGCUUGAAGAAAAGUGAAAUGAAAAAGUAAAAUCGGAAAUUUUGAAAGUGCUGCGAAAAUUUUCAUAAAAUCGAUUGUACGUUUCAUUUUUUGAAAUUCAUAAAUAAUUUUGCACUAAGUGAGUUUUCUGAUGAUUUUUAAAUUCAUUGAAAGAACUUUAAUUUUUCUAGGUUAGCGUCUUUUUUUAUCGAAACUAUUUCGAGUGGCAUUGUAAAUGCGGAAUUAAUUAAAACUUGCAUAUUUUUAUUUUAUUUGCUUUUUUUUAUAUUAAUUAUCAUUGUUAUUAGUAUUUUAACGUGUGAACAAAUACAUACAUACAUCCAUACAAACUUACAUUUAACAGAGAAACAAACUGAGACAAUUUUUUUUGUAAGACUAUGUCAUUCUUAUUACAUACAACUUAAUUAUAAUUAGCCUUUUAUACAUACAUACAUAAUUAUAAUCUAAACUAACGAGAGUUAAGUGGACAGAAACACCAGAAGUAACACCUUAAAACGCUCUACUAACUGAUGACACCUUUAUUUAUAUAAAAUAUAUAUUUGUAAUAAUAUAAAACUUG